AUGGCAGAGCAAGUCCAGUUAAGCAUUCGUCGUGGUCAGUUCAAAGGCCAACUAUCACGAUUUGUAUUAUUUGUUGAGAGAAAGAGUGGAGAAGAAAAUAUUGACACCAGUCAAAUCAUACUACGACGAGAUAAAAUAUUGGAGGUGUGGCAAGAUUAUGAAUCGGUACAAGCAGAAAUAGAAGAACUUACGGGAAUUACGGAAGAAACGGAAAGGUAUAGAGAGGAGAUGGAGAAUAUUUAUUUUGGAGUCUUAGCCGAAUGCGAUAAACUUAUAAAGAAACUAUGUUCAUCUGAUCAUAUCAGCAUUAAUGAUAGUUCCGUUCAAAAUAUUCAAUCUAUUCCUACUAAACCCAAUACUAUAAAUAGUCAAUUCGGUUCUUCUAUAAUCAAAUUACCACCAAUCGAUCUACCUAAAUUUUCAGGAGAUUAUUCUGAGUGGCAAUCGUAUUAUGAUAUGUUUUCCACAGCGAUCAACGAGAAUAACAAUCUCAAUAAUAUGCAAAGGUUUUUUUAUUUACGAUCUUCAUUAAGCGGAGAAGCUGCUAAGGUAAUACAGUGUUUACCUACCACUUCUGACAAUUAUACAAUCGCCUGGCAAACUCUAAAAGAGCGUUAUAGUAAUACUAAGUUGUUAGUUCAAGUGCAUACUAAGUCGCUUUUCGAUUUAAGUCCAAUAUACCAAGAAAGUGCUGAAGAAACUCGACGUUUUCAUGAUACGUUAGUGGGUCAUAUUAAAGCUCUAGAGAAUCUUGGUCAAAUGCCCGACUUGUGGGGGUCACUAAUUAUACAUUUAAUUACAUCUAAAUUGGACGUACAAAGUUUGCGUAGCUGGGAAAUCGAAUCACCAAGGUCAGAGGUAGCAACAUUAAAAAAUAUUAUUGUGUUUUUAGAAUCGCGUUUUAGAAUGCUAGAAGCUAUUGAAUCGUCUAGCAAAUUACAAUCUAAUAAUAAUAUACGCAGCUUCAGCAAGAAAAAUUUUAUUCAAAAAAGAAGUGAUCGUAAAAUAAAUGUAUUGUUUACAAGUGGCGGUAGCGUUACUUGUUAUUAUUGUAAACAAUCGCACACUAUUUAUCGUUGUCCGUCGUUUUUAAAACUUACGGUAAAUGAACGUAUCAAUAAAAUUAAGCAAUUAAACCAUUGUAUUAUUUGUUUAAGAGCACAUGCAGAUGAACAAAUAUGUAAGGCCCGUCGUUGCGCUAAAUGUGGACGCGGUCAUAAUAGUUUAUUGCACGUAAAUUCGAAGACAGAUAAUGUGGGCAACUCAGAUAACGUAGAAAGUAUUAUUGACAAUAAAGUGCCAGAUAAUACAACGCUACAACAGCCGAUAUUAACAAACGCGCACACUUAUCAAGGCAAUUACAACAGUAGCCGCAGGUCAGUACUGCUAGCUACUGCCGUAGUACAUGCGUAUAAUAAUAAAAAUGAACCGGUAGUGUGCCGAGUAUUGCUAGACUCCGGCUCACAAAACAAUUUUAUCACCGAGUCAAUGGCCCAUUAUUUGAAAUUGAAAAGAAAAAAUGUAGCGUAUUCUGUUUUUGGAAUAAACGAAUCACCGAAUAAUGUUAAACACCAGGUAUCAGCGAUUAUUAAAUCUCGCGUGUCAGAUUUUAAAACAAACUUGAAUUUUUUAACACUUCCCAAGCUGACCAGUCUCUUACCACAAUCGGGUAUUGAUGCGAGGGAGUUAAAAAUACCGUCAGAUAUUAUUUUGGCCGAUCCGCUGUUCGGCACACCACAAAGAAUAGAUAUGCUGAUUGGAGCUGAAAUUUUCUUUGACUUAAUGUAUUCCGAUCAAAUAAAGACGGUUGAAAAUGGUCCCGUUAUACAAAAGACUGAGUUCGGUUGGAUCGUGUCCGGUCCUAUCUCAGCAAGCUUCACUACAUCUAUGUUCGCAACUACUGUAUUACCACACCAACAAGAUGUAGUUGAAAAUGAUAUAAACGCCCGAAUUAAUUUAGAUGACCAGAUAGCGAAAUUUUGGCAAUUAGAAGAGGUCAAAACUAAAAACGUUUUAAGUUUAGAUGAAAAAGCGUGCCAGUUGCAUUUUGAAAAUAAUACCAAACGGAAUGAAAACGGACGAUUUGUUGUAUCAUUGCCGUUCAAGGAUCAUUCCCUACUAGGUGAAUCGUAUCAAAUAGCUUUAAAACGGUUUUUAUCAUUAGAACGGCGACUGCAGACUAAUAUUGAACUCAAAAAUCUUUAUUCUAAAUUUAUAAAUGAAUAUCUAGAACUAAAUCACACGGAAAGAGUUUUGAGAGACGAAAGUACUAAAAACACAUAUUAUAUACCGCAUCAUGCAAUUUAUAAAGAGAGUAGCCAUACAACUAAACUACGAGUUGUAUUUGACGCUUCUUGUAAAACCGACAACGGUGUAAGUCUUAAUGACGUUUUAUUUAAGGGUCCGUGUAUACAAGAAGAACUCACCGAAAUAAUGAUUAGAUUUCGAACGCAUAAAUAUGUUUUUUGUUCGGACAUUGAAAAAAUGUAUAGGCAAAUCUGGGUCUCUGAGAAUCAAAGAGAUUUCCAACGAAUUUUAUGGCGUGAAAAUCCUGAACAACCUGUACAAGUAUUUAGAUUAAAAACAGUCACAUACGGAGUUGUGACUUCCUCAUACUUAGCAACCGGGUGUCUUAGAAAACUAGCCGAAGAAAAAGCUGAUCAUUAUCCGGAAGCUUGUAGAGCGUUAAAUGAAGAUUUUUAUAUGGAUGACCUCCUAAGUGGUUCAGAUACUUUAGAAAAGGCGGUCAAGUUAAGAGAUGAUUUAAUAUCAAUCAUGGAGAGUGCUGGUUUCAAGUUGAGACAAUGGUGUAGCAAUGAACCACUAUUGUUAAGAGAAUUACCUUUAUAUUUAAGGAAAGUUGAUGACGAUGUAAAAAAGCCUAAUAAAAAUAUUACUAAAAUCCUUGGAUUAUAUUGGAAUCACGAGAACGAUUGCUAUCAAUACAAUAUAAAACCAAUAAAAGUAUCUGGUCGAUUUACAAAAAGAUUAGUUCUAUCCGAAAUAUCGUCGCUAUUCGAUCCACUUGGAUUAAUCGCUCCAGUAAUAAUUAGGUUUAAGAUGAUUAUGCAACAGUUAUGGUUGCAAAAAAUAAACUGGGAUGACGUUUUAUCUAUUCCAUUACAACAAGAUUGGUCAAAAAUGCGUGUGGAACUGGAGCAAAUUAAUAAUAUUAAAAUAAAUCGUCUAGUUCUCGGCAUCGAAAAAAUUAAAAAACUAGAAUUACACGCGUUCGCUGACGCAAAUUCGACACUGGUAUUAAAUUGGUUAUUAUCUCCGUCGUCUCGUUGGAAAACUUUUGUGGGAAACAGAGUAAGUGAAAUACAAGAGUUAACGUCUGUUUCACAAUGGAGGCAUGUUGCGUCCAGCGACAAUCCAGCGGACAUAGUGUCAAGAGGCUGUUUUCCAUCACAAAUGAAAGGUUUAGAUUUAUGGUGGAACGGACCUAGUUGGUUGAAAGGGGAACAUACUCAAUGGCCAAGUAACUUUCAAGAACUUACUUCUAAAAGUGAAUAUUUGUCUGAAGAAAAAUCUAAUUUUUUAUCGAGUGACACUAAUAUUUAUGGUCCUGUUGAAGCUACAGAAAUUGAAAAUGCCCUUAAACGAUUAGUGAAGGUAGCGCAACAAGAAGAAUUUUUUACUGAGUUGUGUGACUUAAAAAACUCAAAAUUAGUGUCCAGUAAAAGUAAACUUUUUCGUCUUAGACCAUUUCUAGACGACGAUGGUAUAAUCAGGGUAGGCGGUAGAUUAAAACAUGCCGUCUCACUAUCAUUUUUUCAAAAACAUCCGAUAGUGUUACCCGCUGAUAGUGCUUUUACAAAAUUAUUAUUUCUGGAUGAACACGAAAAAUCAUUACACGCCGGUCCACAAGCGAUGUUAGCUAAUAUACGUUUGAGAUAUUGGCCGAUUAAUGGACGUAAUAUAGCCAGAAAUAUAUCUAGAAAAUGUGUCAAAUGUUUCAAAUACAAACCGGUUGUAUUUGAGCCCAUCAUGGGUGACUUACCUAAGGACCGAGUCGAACCAGCGCGAGCUUUUGUUAAAUGUGGCGUAGAUUUUGCUGGUCCAGUGUUUGUGCGGUCUAGUUUGCGAAGAAACGCGCCUAAGACUAAAGCGUAUAUCAGUAUCUGGGUUUGUCUUGUCACAAAAGCUAUUCAUAUAGAAUUAGUAGGCGAUUUGACAGCGGAGUCUUUCCUUAAUGCGUUACGGAGAUUCUGUGAUAGACGUGGUUAUUGUACGGACGUGUAUUCAGAUAACGGAAAAAACUUUAUUGCGGUUAAUCGACAACUUCGAGAAGUGCAUGAACUUUUAGCUAAACCAGAAGUUAAAAAUGAAUUAAGUAAUAAAGGAAUUCAAUGGCAUUUUAUUCCGGCCCGUAGUCCUCACUUUGGCGGAUUGUGGGAGGCGUCUGUUAAAUCUGUUAAGGCACAUUUGCUCAAAUCGAUUGGUAAUGCUCUGUUUAACUAUGAAGAGUUAUAUACAAUACUUGUUCGAGUAGAAGCCAUAUUAAAUUCGCGACCGUUGACACCUUUAUCCACGGAUCCAAGUGACUUAUCGGUUUUAACACCUGGUCAUUUUUUGAUAGGUGACUCGCUAUCCGCUUUUCCUGAACGUGACGUAACGAAUAUUAUGGAGAACAGACUAACUCGCUGGAGGCGUGUUGUUCAAAUUACGCAAAAAAUAUGGAUUAGAUGGAAGAACGAGUAUCUCAAUCAGUUACAAGAGCGAAAAAAAUGGUCACAAUCAAAUGGUCCUGGUUUGAAGAAAAACACUGUAGUUCUCAUGCGUGAUGAAAACUUGCCCCCUUUAAAAUGGUCAAUUGGAAGAAUAAUGGAAGUUCAUAGUGGUUCUGAUGGCGUCGUACGAGUGGCUACUAUCCGUACAGCAACCGGUGUAUAUAAACGAGCUGUUCGUCAAUUAUGUCCAUUACCUUUCGAGGGAAAUUGUACAGCAAGUUCAAAUAAUUAA